AUGCUUUUGACUUUGAUGGCUGAUGCUUUUGAUUGAGCAGUUGAGACAUCGGCAAAAGCAAAAAGUGAGCAAAAUUUGAAGAAAAACUUGAGAAAAACACAGUGAAAAGUAAAAAUCAAAACUCUAAACCAAUAAUACUGAAAUGAGAAACCGAGAGAAGUAAUUCAUUUCCUUUAUAUCUAAAAAUACCUUGACUCGCUCUAAAAUUCCAUUGUUUGGAGUAGUUAGGUAUACCAUAAUUAGAUUGUCCCCGAAUUUUGUAAUCAAGCAUGGCCGAUGAAGAGGUUAAUGGAGACACGGACGAUAUACAGCACGAGAAAGACAAAACUCAGAAAAAGGCAGCGAAACACGACAGUGGUGUAGCUGAUUUAGAAAAAGUUACAGAUUAUGCAGAGGAAAAGGAAAUAUCAUCUCAGGACAUAUCUAGUGCACUCUCAUUAAUCGGAGAUAGAAGAAAUAAAGAAGCAGCUGAGAGACUUGAAAAAGAAAAAGAGCUACAAAAAGUAUCUGUCAAAAAAGAUGAUAUAGAAUUAAUUGUUAAAGAAAUGGAAAUUUCCAGGACACUAGCUGAAAGAACUUUGCGUGAACAUAGUGGCGAUUUGGUUGCAGCACUAAUAACUUUAACGAAUUAAUGUAUAUUACAUUUCUAAUAUAAAGUUUUUGGAACUCAU